UUAGCUGGGCUAUCAAUAUCAAGGUUUUUAUAAGUAAUCAUACAGACCUUGAUCGUAGGGAGUAUAGACUGAUAGUCUAAAACAGCUCAUAGCUCAUAGCAUUUUCCCCACCGUUUUCGUUGUGGUUUCAUAUUGUUAAGUCAGUAUUUUUUUUUUUUUUAUAGAAAGUGUACAAGUUUGGACUAAUCCAAGAUAGAUACCGAAACAAACGGAAUGAGCAAGCCCAACAUAUUGUCUCACUCAAUAAAACGAAGCCAUUCCCAUCUCAAUUGCUUAGAUCAAAACUUUGUCAAACGCAAUGUACCAGUGAGAGUGUUUCCGUCUGCAGUUCUGAAUCCCGAACCCUCCUGAUGGUAUUCAGGACAUUAGCAUAUACUUUUCAUCUGCUAUACUUUUAAGUUACAGUGAAUAAAUUUACUAUGAUAUUACAAAUAUACAUGAUUUUAAAGAUUUUUUUCAUAUAAUUGCUAUACGAUGGGAUAAAAAUAAGUAUUUCGAUAAAUAUUACAUUCCUAUAUAUGUAUAAAUACCAUCAUUCAGCAAUAUGUUCAUUUAUGCAAAUUUACUUAUAAUUUACAAAAUUCAGAUCAAAGUGGGAUAAAGCUUGAUAAUUUAUGUUCUUGUGAUUCUCAUGUCAUAUUGUAUAAAUCCUGAAUUGAUACUUGUCAUUCGUGUAUUGUCCAUCAACAUGCCUCUUAUUAUGUUAUGUGGAUUUCCAUCAAGUGGAAAAAGUAAAAGGAGUUUGGAACUAAAAGAAUACUUAGAAAAUGAAAAAAAUAAGACAGUUACCAUCGUGAGCGAGAAUGAUUUUCUCAAUAAGGGUUAACACUGGCAGAAUUGACACGAGCAAGGAGACAGUUCAUAUCCUACACAAAGAUGCAUCCUGUGGAAGACACUGCAAAAUUAUCUGCACUUUUUGUUCAGUAUCUCAAUACUACUUUGGGAUAAUGAGUGACCCUUAGUAUAGGUGCACUUUUGAGUUUCUCCCUAAUAUUUGGUGGUCAAUAUUAGCUGUUCUAUAUAAUUUUUUCACAUGUUACUAUAGAAUAGAAUUUUUAGAAAAGAAAAUUCUAGACAGCAUUGCACCUCCAGUUAUACUUCAUAAUCCUUUUUUUCUCCAAUUUCAUCUUAUUCUUUUUUUAUCUUGUUUAUGAGGCAAUAAGCUCAUUAUGGGCUAGUAUACCAUGAAAUAUAAAGAACAAAAUGUACUCUAAAAAAUAAUGGGAAACAUAAAUUUUGCAGACAGUUAA